AAGGCACUGUACCAUGCCCUCUUGCCUCUUGCUGGGGUUUGAGUCCGAGAUGCAGAGUGGGUUCGUGCAGUUUACACAGAUGUUCCAUGGUGCGCUCGAGGACGACCCAUAUGGGAACCAACUCAAGGUGUAAAUCAAGGGCGCCAAAAUGGGAGGUGUGGCAUGGAAGAAGCAUUGGCAGCCAUGUUUGGAGGCAACCAGCACUUAAUUGAAUCAGCACUUAGAGUAGCCUCUGAAGGGAGAGCCAUCCUCGACCCUCUUCCCUCACAGACCCUUUCAAGUUCUUUGGAAGCAGCCAUUGCUGUCUCUGCUUGUGUUCAGGAAGACAACACCCUAUGGGGAAAACAGGUUGGUUGGGAUUAUGGAUCAACAGUAGAGGACGUCAUGACAGGGUGUAGGAUCCACUCCACAGGCUGGAACUCAGUCACAUGUUUGCCUGAUCCACCAGCAUUUCUCGGUGCCCAUGGUCCAGCAGAAGAGAUGGGCCACCGGUUUGUUUGAAAUUC